GAAUGUGUGUGUUAGUUGAAGGUCUUCAUAUUGUAAAAAUUAUAGAAAAAUAUCUAGUUUUUUCCAAAAAUUCAAAAUUGCUCUUUCACUUCUAAGUUUUUGACAAAGUUAUGGAUAAAUAAGUACAUAAAAAGAAAUUAAAUAAAAGUUUUCAAUCUUUGAAAUUUUUUUUUAUACUUUUUUUUCUCGAUACUAAAAAUAAAACAAUAAUAUAAAUAAAUAUAAAAAAAACGCAUAAAAAAGAAAAAGCAUAUUGCAAAAAUGUCUGUUCGAACUAAAGUAUUAGGAUUAGUUGAUGUUAUUAUGAGAGUUCCGCCCCUCUUAGUUAUUGAUGAAAUACUUAAAAUAAGUAUGGGGCUCCCACUUGGCACCACCAGUACAUCAUCUUCUACAACGUCUGAAUCAUCAGCACUGGAUAAACAUACAUCAAUAGAUAUAGGAUUAAAUUCAAAUAUAACAGAUCUAUAUAAUGGAAGUAAUGAAGAUAUUGCAAAUAUUACAAGUAAAGUUGUGACAUCACCUAGGAACCUUAUGGAUGCAUUAACAUAUGAUCCUGAAUUUUAUUUUUAUGUAUCAUUAACAACAGCAAAAUUUUUAGUAUGUUUAUUUGGAAUUUUUAGCGCAGCAUGUAUAUUUAUGUUAUGGACACGCCAUCUUGUAAUAGUUUACAUGUUCAUAAUAUCAGUUGGAUUAAUAUUUCUUUCAUAUUGGAGUAAUGUGUCUGCUCUUGGAUUGAUUGAAAAUGGGCCUUGCAUAUUGGAAGACAUUUUAUCUCUUAAUAUGAACAGACUUUUAGAUCCUGGAGGUGUUGCAUUUGCUAUUUUGCCACAUUUGUUGGCACAGUGGUUCAUGGGAAUGUUAUUUGCCUAUUUACAUUUAGGUCCACGUCAUAAUUAUAUUCAAAAAAUAUUACCAUUUUGUUUCCUAAUGCCUUUAUUAUUAGCAAUGCUGCCUAUACCACGAUCAAUGUUAAAAGACACACCAGCUUUUGCAGCUGUAAUUCCAUUUAUACUAACUAAAAUAUCACUUUGGAGUAGUUCAUUUGAUGUUGGUAUUACUGUGUACAAUGGAUAUCAAUAUGCAAAAAACUUUGCAACAAAUUUUGGCCUUUCGGCAUUAGUAGAGGCGGAAUGGUUGCGUUUAAAUGUGCCAAGUGUUUUAAGAGCAUUUUGGACAAUAAGGCUUGGCCAUCAAUUAUUUUCUAUGAUAAUAAAUUCUGAAGCACAUUUAAGUUUUCUCUUAACCGUACAAAAUUUAUUAGUGAGUGGAUGUGAGACUUUAACUGCUGUUUUAGGAAUGACUAGCAUAAUAUCAAUGAUAUGCCAUUACAUAGGAAAAUUAUUUCAAUUUUUCUUAUUGUCAGAAGAUUUAGAUGAAGACCGUUCACUUGGAACAAUCUCUGCAAUUUUGUUUUACAUAUUAGCUCUUCAAACUGGUUUAACUUCUUUAAGUCCUGAUAAACGUUUUAUACGUUUAUGUAGAAAUUUAUGUUUAUUAGUAACAGCAUUAUUACAUUUUUUGCACAAUAUAGUUUCACCAAUUUUAAUGUCAUUGAGUGCUGCUAGAAAUCCAUCCAGAAAACGUCACGCUCGAGCAUUAAUUGUGUGUGCUUUUCUAUUAAUAGCGCCAAUGUGCCUUUUAACUGUUUUGUGGUCAAGGCACCCUCCAUCAACAUGGCUGUUAGCUGUUACUGCAUUUUCGAUCGAAGUGAUAGUAAAAGUACUUGUAAGUUUGGCAACAUAUACAUUAUUUUUAUUGGACGCACGGCGUCAAACUUUUUGGGAAAAACUAGACGAUUAUGUUUACUAUAUUCGUGCAUUUGGAAACUCAGUAGAAUUUUGUUUUGGAAUAUUUUUGUUUUUUAACGGUGCAUGGAUCUUAAUUUUCGAAUCAGCUCGAAAUGUCGCAGGCGGUGCUAUACGGGCGAUUAUGAUGUGUAUACAUGCAUAUUUCAACAUAUGGUGCGAAGCACGUGCUGGAUGGACUGUAUUUAUGAAAAGACGAACAGCUGUGCAUAAAAUUUCAUCAUUACCAGAAGCAACACCAGCACAACUAAGAUCAUUUGAUGAUGUUUGCGCAAUAUGUUAUCAGGAAAUGGCGUCAGCAAAAAUAACUAGAUGUAAACACUUUUUCCAUGGAGUGUGUUUGAGAAAAUGGCUUUAUGUACAAGAUCGUUGUCCAUUAUGCCAUGAAAUAAUGAUGUACACAGAGAAACCGAAAGCUGAAGAUGAAAACGGUGAUAAUGUUGAUAAUGCUGAAGAACUUCAACAAAUUGAAGAACCGAUGGCUUUUGAUUCCCCAAUCGUUCUACCUCAAACUGAAAAUUCUUCUACAAUUGAACGUAGAGAUAGUAAUACAAAUACUGGUUCAAUAGGUGGACCCAGCACAUCAUCUGUAGUACUUUCAAACUUACAGCUUGAUUUAGAACAAAUAAAUAAUCAAAAUUCUCUCAAUAAUAAAGUACUUAGUAGUAUACAAUCUUCAACAACGCAGUCACAGUUACAGCAACAGCAUUAUUUAUCGCAUAUUGAUAACGAAGUUGAAUAACUUAAUUUUAAACUUAUUAUAUAAAAAUAUUAAAUUAAAAACUAGCUAAAAUUCUACGCAUAAGAAAAUUUAAAAAGUAAAGUGUAAAGUAAAAGUCUUAUAAAUUCUCAAAAUUUAAUAUAACUUUUAGGCAAAUAAUUGUUAAAAAAUUUAGUUUCGAACAAAAUUACAAAAAAAAAAAACAGUCUAAAUCUUUGUGAAAAUAAAUUAAAUAUUUAAUUUGUAAUAAACUCCGAACGAGAUAUAAAAAUAAAUCAUGAAAAAUAUAGAAUGUAUAUAUUAUGUACCAAUAUGUAUGUAAGUAUAUGUUAUAUUAAAUCAAACAAUUCAAAAUUUGGUAUUUUUGUAAAAUAGAUUUAUUUCAACAUAAUGUUAAAAUAUAAAAAUUAAAUAACAAUAAAAAAAAUUAAAAUGUCUACAAUAGUUAUUAAAUUUUUAUUUGUUUUGAAAACCUAGUUGAAUCAUUGAAUUAAUAGCAGCAACGAAUUUUUACGGUAAGAAUUCGUUGCUGAUAUUAAUUACAUAACUAUCAAAUUUUGUUUAUUAAUUUCUCA